AUGGACUACGGUCAGGCCUUUGAGCAAGCCCCACAUGGGAGAAUGGUCCAAAAUUUACUUUACUUAAGUUGCCCAGCUGCCGUGAAGGGAUUCGAACCCAUGUUCCCAGAUCAGUGGUCCUGGCAGCUGGAUGCCGCGAACUUGGUGACGGCCGCGAUCCUGCACCGCGGAAAAUGCGGUCUCUCUAGAGGAAUCACGCGCUACAUGGUGGCCAUGGCGAUCUCCGACCUUGUGGUGAUCAUCUUUCAAGUGUUGCUCCGAGGAAUCUACAUUUACUAUUUCCCAAACUCCAUCCUGACCCUCAGCGCAGUGUGCCCUUCAUAUAUAUACCUGCGGAUCGUCGUCCUGGACUAUUCCGUCUGGUUAACCGUGUCCUUCACUUUUGACCGUUUUGUCAGCAUUUGUUGUCCGAAGCUGAGACUCAGAUAUUGCACGGAUAGGACGUCCGCCGUGGUUACUGUGUCCUUGUGCGCGGUGAGCUUCUUUAAGUACAUCCCCUUUUACUUCAUGUACGAGCCUCGCUUCAACAUGGAUAACGUGAACUGGGGGUGUCGGCCGAAAGCCGCCUACUUCACCUCCAUCUGGUGGGUGGCUUUCACCUGGAUGUGCAGCAUCUCUCUCUCCUUACUCCCCUUCGGUAUAAUCCUGUUCCUGAAUGGGCUGACGGUCAGGAACAUCCUGGUGGCCAGCAGGGUCCGCCGGCGCCUGAAGGGACAGAAUGGGAAGGACAGUGAGACAGAGAAUCGGCGAAAGUCCAUUGUCUUACUCUUCACUGUGUCGGGCACUUCUAUCCUACUCUGGACGACGGGAACUGUGAGUUUCAUCUGUACUCGAGUCACAAUCAAUUUUGGGGGCGGGGAUCUCACAAGCCCUAUAGCCAUCGCCAAUGAGGUGGGGAACAUGCUCAUACGUACCAGCUCCUGCGCCAACACAUGGAUCUACGCAAUGACCCAAAGCAAGUUCAGACAGGAGUUGAAGAUCGGGAUUAAAAGUCUAUUUCGGUUUAUUAUUAAGCCCAUGAAACAUGCGGGGCAGUCGGCCUAG